CUCCUCUUCUAUCUGAUCCUUUUUGUUUGUGACCGAACGAGACGUGAAGACGCAGUCGGGUUAGUCCGCGUCUCAUGCGUGAAAAAUUAUAGGAAGGACUUAUCAAAAUGUCGUUAUCAACGGCGCGACCAAUUAUUACGGUGUAUACCGACAAGAAUGAGGUAUCAGGUGAUGUAAUUUCUCUGCCAGCUGUUUUUAAAGCUCCGAUUCGUCCAGAAAUCGUAAAUUUCAUCCACCGAUUAAUGUCUAUGAAUAGUAGACAACCAUACUGUGUCUCCAAAGAGGCUGGUCAUCAAACCUCUGCUGAAUCAUGGGGCACUGGACGAGCCGUGGCACGUAUACCUCGUGUACGUGGUGGUGGUACCCAUCGUUCUGGUCAGGGUGCGUUUGGUAACAUGUGCCGAGGUGGACGUAUGUUUGCUCCUACCAAACCAUGGCGACGCUGGCAUCAUCGCAUCAAUGUCAAUCAGAAACGUUAUGCCCUCGUUUCUGCAAUUGCUGCAUCUGGAGUUUUUGCACUUGUGCAAUCUAAAGGACACUUGAUUGAGGAAGUUCCAGAAUUUCCACUGGUUGUUUCUGAUAAAAUCCAAGAAUAUACAAAAACCAAGCAAGCUGUCAUUUUUUUAAGACGCAUCAAAGCUUGGAAUGACAUCCAAAAGGUAUACAAGUCUCAACGUUUUCGUGCUGGCAAAGGUAAAAUGCGCAAUCGCCGACGCAUCCAUCGACGUGGACCUUUGAUUGUUUAUGGUCAAGAUCAAGGUAUCCGUAAAGCAUUUCGUAACAUUCCCGGCGUUAGUUUGAUGAACAUUAACAAGAUGAACCUUUUGAAAUUGGCACCGGGUGGCCAUGUUGGACGUUUCGUUAUCUGGACAAAAUCUGCUUUUGAACAAUUAGAUGCUCUUUAUGGAACUUGGCGUAAGGAGUCGCAACUCAAGAAAGGAUAUAAUUUGCCAUUCCCCAAAAUGGCCAAUACUGAUCUAUCCAGGCUUCUGAAGUCUGAGGAAAUUCGUAAAGUUCUAAGGGCUCCUAGGAAGAAGGUGGUGCGUAGAGUGAAGAAAUUGAACCCGUUGGUCAACACACGGGCUAUGCUGCGUCUUAAUCCGUAUGCAGCUGUAUUGAAACGUGCUGCCAUUUUGACCGCGCAGAAGCGUCAACACGAGAAGGAUCUUCUUCUCGCUGAAAAACGAGGCAUAAAAUUGCCGAAGGACGCACCGGCAUCGAAGGCUCUUAUCCUUCAGAAGAGGAGGAAACAACAACUUGCUAAAAUUAAGCAAUUGAAGCCUCGAGCGAAGAAAACUGUGGCAAAGAAAACUCCGGCAAAGAAAAUAGAGAAAGAUACUGCAAAAACCAUUGCUCCCAAGGAACCAGCUCCCAAGCAACCAGCUCCCAAGCAGCCAGCUCCCAAGAAGUGAACAACAAUCAUUGAUGAACAACAAUAUUGUUGUUAACUCAUAAUUUUUAUUUCUGGCUCUAAAUAAAAGAAAAGGCGAAAAAAUUUAGAGUUGUUUUUUUAACUUUCUUUUUUUUGUUACAUGCAAGGAAUCUAUGUUUAUUAAUAAGUAGUUUGUACAUAUUAUCUAACACACCUUCCAUUUACAAUAUCUAAAAUAAUAUGAAUUGCAAUUGGGAAGUGACACUCUUCUUUUUAUUAAAUUCAUGAAAAUAAUUAAAGAAUUCAGACGAGAAAUAAUUCGAUAGAUUCGGAAGUGUAUACAGCACAAUCAAAAGUAAUCAUAUUUAUUGAUUUUACAGGUGGAGAGAAUUUCAGUUUCAUGAUAUAUAUUCUUAUUUCAUUUUCAUUUUUUCUCUUCUUUUUUAUUAUAUUCCUAUACAAUGUUGGUAGAAACUGGAAGUUGGAAAUAGAAAACGAAAAAAAAAAAGAGAAAAACGCGUACAAUUUCAGGACACCGUUAAUCUACAUCGUUAAUCUGAGCAGACCUAAAUUUUGGUUCUCUUUUUGCUCGGUUCUGCACAUAAAAUAUAUAUUUUUAAUUUAUGACGAUUAUGCACUUGUUAUUUCAUCAUGACCGGAGAUUGGAAAUUUUAUCGUCCCGAAAGUGUACACAGCAAUCGCAUUAAAUUUUGUCAUGGGUACAGGUUAAUCAUAUGUUAAAACGUCCUAUAUAAAAAAUAUUAGAUCGAAAAAUGUUUUUUUUCUCUUAUAUUAAAUGAGAACUCAUACUAAAUAAGUAAUCAUUUAGUAAUUUCUGGCAUAUCAUUGAUUAACUGUAAAAUUAAACAAUAAAUCAAUAAAUAAUCUCAAUUUAAAUCAUUUUCAAAUAGGUCAGCUGUCUCGGCACAAAAAAACGAAGAGUAUUUUCCUCGACAGGAUAUUAAGAGAGCGACGGUAUUUGAUUUAGUGUAUAAAUACUUGCAUAAAUGUGCCAACAGAGACAAGAAAUUGAAGCGAAAUUGCGCAUAUAACAGAUUUUAUAAACAACACGCGAGAAAAAGAAAUAUUCACGGACGAGAUCCACCGAUACCUCGAACAAAUUUUAAAAAAGAAAUCUUCAAUGAGCAGUUUAAGUCGGAUAAGUUUGUACUUCGCAAAAGAACAUCUAGAAGCUCGUCAAAAGAAUAUAUUGUCGAUUAUACGAAAGCUGUCUGCGAUGGUAUACAUUUUUAUCUAACAAUAAAUUUAUAUUAAAUAUAUAUAGGCAAUUAGAGAGAUAAUAUAUAUAAUUUGUUUAUAAUAAUCCAAUUAUAUCUCUCUCACUCUUGAGAUUAGAAAAGUGGCGUCAUUUCAAAAAAUUAAAAAUAGGGGGGG